AGUAAUUAUUAUUAAUUUUAAAUGAUUAAAAGUAGUUAAUCACAAAAUAUAAUAGUUAAUCACAAAAAUAUAAAAGAUUUAUCAUAAAAUUUGAAAGAGUUGUUUUUUAACGAGUAGAGACAAAAAAAAAUCUCCCAGAAAAAGGGAGUAUCAAUUAUGUUUAUCUUCUCUUUUCAUUACUUUUGAAAAAAAAACUCAACUUAAUAAGUUAGUUAUAGAAGUCAACGAAAAUAUAGUUUGCUUAGGACACCGAAUCAUUCAGACAGAACUGGCUAGAUGUGUAAAGCAAAGUGUUUGUCGUGGUAAUAACAAAAUAAUAAUAUACACUACUCAGAAACUGCUCUCCACAAUCAACUUCUAUAGUCUGAUUUGGUCAAUGAUUAACGCGAUUGAUAGAUAAUGAAUUGCAUUCCGUUACUACGCUCAUCCAAAUCUGACACUUCAAACCCUAUUAACCCCCAAGAACAAGAACCGCAGAGAGGGAGGAUGCAGGAGAUAGAUCUCAGCAUUCACACGAUAAGGAGCCAUGGAGGAAGCGUCGCCUCUAAACACAAGCACGACUGGAUCAUACUCGUGAUCUUGGUGGCCAUCGAGAUCGGUCUGCAGCUCAUAUCUCCUUUCUACAGAUACGUCGGGAGAGACAUGAUGACCGAUCUCAAAUACCCUUUCAACGACAACACCGUCCCUAUCUGGUCGGUACCGAUCUACGCCGUCCUGCUCCCGAUCAUAGUGUUCGUCUGCUUCUACAUGAAGAGAACGUGCGUCUACGAUCUUCACCACAGCAUUCUCGGACUGCUCUUCACGGUUUUGAUAACCGGUAUCAUCACCGACUCCAUCAAGCUCGCCACGGGACGCCCUCGUCCUAACUUCUACUGGCGUUGCUUCCCUGACGGCAAAGAGGUGUUCGACGCGUUGGGUGGUGUGAUAUGCCAUGGUAAACCAGGAGAGGUCAAAGAAGGUCACAAAAGCUUUCCCAGUGGACACACGUCUUGGUCUUUCGCUGGACUUGGCUACCUCUCGCUUUACUUGUCUGGUAAAGUCAAGGCUUUCAACAGAGAAGGACACGUGGCUAAGCUCUGCCUUGUGUUCGCUCCUCUCCUCGCGGCUUGCCUCGUGGGGAUAUCGCGUGUGGAUGACUACUGGCAUCAUUGGCAAGACGUCUUUGCUGGAGCUCUUAUUGGUCUCUUUGUGGCUGCCUUUUGUUACCGUCAGUUUUAUCCAAACCCUUACCAUGAAGAAGGGUGGGGUCCUUAUGCGUAUUUCAGAGCGGCUCAGGAACGUGGACAAGCGCAAAAUGGAGAUGCGUUGAGGACAAUGUCUCUGCAGGUGGAAUCAACUUCUCUUGAAAACAUGGAGUCUGGCACUAACUCCGUUAGAAGAUGAUUAGUUCUUCCUCUUCUUUCAGCAUUUGAUUCAUUAUUUGGUAUUUUCAUUUUGGUCUUUGUGAGGGUUUGGAUGAUGUAGUUACAUACGAAACUUUUACUUUUACCAUUGUAAGUAAAUCUACUCUUCAUAUCUUGGUUUUUGGCAUUUUUUUUAGCAGUCAAUAAGAUGACACUAUAUUCAUAUAUGAAGAAUCUUUGUAUUCGAUU